GUAUUAUCAUUAUUGAACUCAAUGAAGUUAGAACUUUAAAAAUCCACUGGAGGAGAAACACCGGCGCAAAGAUGUUGCUGCUUUCUGCAAACAUAGUAGAAAAUCUGGCAUAAUGAGGACAUCAGAGGACGUUUAUUGGCUCUCCUCUCGCCUGUGAUUGGCUGCCGCCUGUUGCCUGCUGCAUAAAAAGCGCUGCAGCGAGGAAAAGCAUCAAAUAAGUCGGACUGGAUCGUUUUAUUUUUCUGGAGAGACAGGAAGAUUAUUUCAAUAAAUAAAGAACUGAAGGAGCAUGACGGGCAAAGAGGAGGCCGUCCUUUCAGACUCUGAAAAUAAGCAGAGAGUUGCUCCACUCAGUUUUCACGCCGGAUCGCAGCUGCAGCCCCCUGUCUGGAAGAUGGCCCCCACGGCGCAGCGACGCACCGGCUUCGGCAUCCAGGAGCUGCUCGGCCUCAACAAGGAACCGCCGACGGUCACGCCUCGGCGGCCGCUGGAGGCUUUGCCGCCGAGGGCGCACGUCCUGGCCCACAAAUCGGCUAUCGGACACGCGGGCCUCGGAAUGGGUUUGCUGGGCCCGGAGGGGGUGCACCCUUUUUACAGCCAGCCUGCGUUUUUGGAGGUGCUGUCCAAGGCGCAAAACGUGCACCUGCAACCGCUGCACACCGCGACGCACGUGGACGCGCAGAUGGACGCGCAGCACUCAGGUGCGAGUUCAGAUUCAGAUGAUUUGAGCUCCUCUGGUGAUCAGAAAUUUUCUUCAUCCUCCAUGAGUCAAAGCAAGAAAAGAAAGAAAAGGAGACACAGGACCAUUUUUACAUCGUAUCAGCUGGAGGAGCUGGAGAAAGCUUUUAACGAAGCUCAUUAUCCAGAUGUGUACGCUCGAGAAAUGCUCUCCAUAAAGACGGAGCUGCCAGAGGACAGGAUACAGGUUUGGUUUCAGAAUCGCAGAGCCAAGUGGAGGAAGAGGGAGAAGUGCUGGGGACGCAGCAGCGUCAUGGCAGAGUAUGGCCUGUAUGGAGCCAUGGUCCGUCACUCCAUCCCGCUGCCAGAAUCCAUCCUCAAGUCGGCCAAGGAGGGAGUCACGGACUCUUAUGCUCCGUGGUUACUGGGUAUGCACAAGAAGUCAGUAGAAACAUCUCAGCCAUCCACAGGGAAGCCCUGCAGUCUCACCCCACCACCAGUGCAGGAGCUUGACAAAACAGUCCAUGCUGAGAAGCAGAAACAGAGCAAACACACCAGCUCUCCAAUAUCUAAAGAGGAACUGCGGGAAAACAGUAUUGCUGUUCUGCGAGCAAAGGCGCUGGAACACAACGCCAAGAUGCUGGGGAGCGUUUCUGAGAAAACAGAUGACCACGCAAUGCAGAAAGAGGAGGCUGAGGAUGAGCAGGCUGAGGAAAAGAGCACUUAAAAAAAGAUUGAAAGAUACAGACUGACUUUAAAACCCUGCAGAGACCAGCUGUCUCCAAAGUCCUUUCAUUUGGUUAAUCUGAUACUGCUCAAGCACUUGACUGUAAAGCUACGUUCCCACCGCCCCUCGACAACACAUGUUCAAUUUUCCCACUUUCAAUGAAAAAAUCUAUGUAAACACACAUUUGGGGCUUCUUUGUGCAAAACUCUUGCGUUCUACCACAGUUUUCAGGCUGCACGUACUAACCACAUGGCCAUUGAACGUAAGUUGCUGGUCAAACUUUGCUCAGUCAGGGACUCAGAUUUGGUAGUGACGUAUGGGUGGCGUACCUUUUACUCCACAGAAGUUCCAACCCUUAGAAAAUCGAUCAUGGAGGAAAAAUUUACAACUGUGGUUUGUGCAGCUGAAAGAAAAAGCCUGGAGCAAGAUUCACAAGAUUUGCACCGUUUCAACAUACCUCUUAUAAACGUAGGUGGAGGACAUGCACUAGUAAAAAGUAGAAAAAGAAGAAGAAGCCCCUUCCUGCUUGUCCAACGUGAAUACCAAGAGCAGAACGAGGGUAUAAGCGCCUCCAUUUACCGUGUUCUUGAAUGUGCGUCACAUGCCCGGUGUGUCCGUAGUUUAAAAGUUUUGCAGCUACUCAUAUUUUUAUUUGAGGAGAAACUUGCUUUUUGACUCAGUAAAUAGAGCUCAUGAAAUGUAGGGCUGUGUUUACAUUUUCUCAUUUUAUUGAAUCCAAUUUUUAAUUACAAGAUGCAAUGAUAACUCAUAAAAUUGAGAUUUUCCCUUCAUGACUUUUCUUGUACUUCUGCAAUGGAAAACUGCCUCGAUGUUAGUUUUCGUUCCACCUUGGUUCCAUAUAAACCACAAAGUAUAUCAGAAUUAUUAUUUCAAUACCCAAGCAUUUGGUUUAAAAGGCCACUAUCAUGCUUUUCUUAAGCCUUUCAGAGUAAACUGCAUACAUGUGAUCAUAUAUUACCUUUGGCACACUGAAGAAUGAAUUUCUUUAUGAAAUAUUCGUUUUUUUCACAGCUCAUUUUCCUACCUGGAAGUAAGAUGGCUUGAUCUCUUGGCCACCGCUUUCGCUCCAUGUGGCUGCUGCCCAUGUCAUGAUGUCAAUCUAGAGGCUGUCUCAGCAGAGUGUCUGCGUUUUGCCCACAAAAACAAACAACAUCCGAACUUUUACAAAGAUGGAUGUGCUCAUAGUGCAUAUAAAAGGAAAGGGUUUUAGGCGAUCACCGCUAGCUCUGUGGAGAAAGUAGGUGUUUGUGUUAGCCUGGUGCUGGCAGCGCAGACGCUCCCUGGAAGGGGCUGUUUUCACUUUCAAACACAUGAAUAUGAGCUCCUGCUCUUUUUCAUGGGUUGGGAGGGGCUGGUGCUCAGAAAACAGGUAUUUAGAGAAAUACUCAGAGACACAUGGAUGGAGCAAAAUACCAUUUUGGGGUUGUUUUCCGUGAUAAAUUAACAUAAUGCUACAUUUUAAAUCUCAAAACGUUUAAGAAACUAAAUGAAGGCAGCUGGCUGCAAUGUGCUGCCAUGAUUGAAUGUGCUUGUAAUGAAAAAGUUCUCCUUUUGUGGUGUUGGACCAAAGUUUUGUUCUGAUUGAGUCAGAUCAAAACUUUGGUCUUUCUUGGGUAGAAUUUAAGGACAAAAACAAUGCAGACAUGCUUUUAAAGACAAAGUAUGGAGUCUAAAAGCAUCUCUGAAGACUUCUCAAAAGCUGAAGAAAGUUUCCUUUCACCGUUGAAUCUUUGAUGACAGCUGGCUCCUGCAUUAGUUGCCAAUGAAAACUGUUGGUACCAAAUCCUUUAAAAACUGGCGGCGAAGCGGCUUGACCUGUCAUGUAAAAUAUGUAUAGGUGUUUAACACAAACUAUUACAUGUUUUUCUCUGUAUGAAUGUAACUGUAGUCAAAUUAAAAGUUACUUUUAUUUAAAA